UAUGGAGCAUAGCUCACUGGGAAGAGGGAGUGCAGUGCGUGAAGCAAUGGCAACGCAGACUUCCGUGGUGCUUUGGGUCCUCGGCGCCGUGCUCGCCCGGCUCGUCGUGCCGAGCGCGAGCACGGAAAGCAACGUGCUCUACUCUAGCGAGAGUCUGAUGCACGGCCAGCACCUUCGGUACAAGCAGUACUCGUUGGUCAUGCAAGAGGACUGCAACCUCGUGGCGUACGACAAUGGCAACCCCACCUGGGCCAGCGGCACCUGGCACAAGGGCAUAAACUGCUACCUCCAGCUGCAGUCCGACGGUGAGCUCAUCAUCUUCGGCUACAACAGGUAUACGCGCGUCGGACCGUCCGAACUCUGGAGGAGCAACGCCAAGUCGUCCCCCGGGAGCUACGCCCUCGUCCUCCGGUACGACGGGAGCCUCCACGUGUACGGACCGGCGCGGUGGUCGGUGCCGAGGUUAACCGGUGGAGCGGGCGCUCCGGGAUCCACUUGGCCGGCCACGACCGACGCCGUGCUCUACACCAACGACGUGGCUCCGAUCGGAGUCACCAUCGUCAACGGCGUCUACGAGCUGGCGCUGCAGGACAACUGCAACCUGGCGCUGCGCAACACCGGGGACGACGGAGUGCUGUGGCAGACGGGGACAAGCAACGGGCUGCACGACUGUUUCGUGACGUUGGAGCCCAACGGGGAGCUCAAGAUCAAGUACAUGGGCGGGGAGACUCUGUGGACCAGCGGGGUGGCGUCCGACUCCGGGGAAUACGUCCUCGCGCUCGGUCCCCGCGGUCAGCUCGUCGUCUACGGCCCAUCGUUGUGGAACACGCCGAAAGCAGGAGUCCUCGCCGCCGGCGUCGAGACGUGGGGCUCGGCUGGGAACACGACAAGCACCGCUCUGACAGACGAGUGAAGUCUCUCAUCCAUGUCGCUAUAAGAAAAAUGUAAAACACGUGUCAGUCUUAUCCUCUAGUGGUGACGGAAAUUUCAUUUCCUCAUAAUAAAUGCUUAUAGCGACGGAA